GAAGUGGUGGAUGGGUUAGACAGCGGAGACGAGAUUUAAUAUUGGACACCCUACCAAAACGUACACAACUUCUCUUCUUCAUCUCUUUGAAAUGAAUGCCACUUCUCCCAAAUUAUAUCUGGGGUUUCUUCUAAAUGCUGAGUGCACCAGUCUGAAUAACUUCACACACACACACAACUCCUCUCGCCUGCCCUCUCUCAUGUUGGAGUGACGAAUUUAAGCCCUUCUAAUAUUUGUCCAAAAGUUUCAGCGUUGUUGCUGUCCUGCAACACUUCAUGAUGAUUCUCAAACGAAUUCACCCUCUCCUGUAAAACAUCAGUAAGCGAGGUUACUCUCACUUUUCUUGGUUGCUUAACUAUAGUGCUGAGCGUGGCCCAGUGUUAUAUAAAAACCGAGUCCCACUCUAGUCACGAGUAUCCCACAAUCAAACUUCCACUGCAGUAUUGAGAAUAUGGUGCUGCCUUUCCGAGUUUGAUGGUAAUAGCAGGCCUUCCGUGUAUGUAAAAUAAUCAUUCUACGGCAUUAUUUUUGCCGAGCAGAUGCUCCAGCGUCUACACCUCUUAAUCCUUUGGAAAAGAAAUGUGAUCAGCCGGUGUUACCGGAAGCUGCGUACACAGCACUAGAGUUAGAAAAGGUCAGUAAGGCAAUCGAGGUAGUCAAGACUGAAGUAGAACAGCAACAACACAAGUUAUUGAUGUACGAGUCUACCUUGAAAUGUCAACAUUACAACUCUCAAGCUCCAACAAGUAGCACAAUCAGCCAUACAUCUUCCAUUAUCAAUGUAAAAAAUACUCUGGCACCCACAAUGGCAAACUCUGCAUUUGAAUGUGAAGGACAAGUUAUUCACUUAAAUAGUGUGACGUGCAAUCCAGUCGUAGUACCUAAUCGUUCUUUAAAUGCACAUAGGCCUAAUUCCUUAACUGAAGUUACUGAAUUGAAUGCAAUCCAAGAGAUACCCACAACUAGUUCCAAGGUCAAGAAUGGUAGCUCAGUUUUGAAUAAAUACAUGAUUGACUGUCGAAGGCCAUGUACUGAUUUAGAAUAUGAUCCAUUGGUAAACUAUUCUUCCAAAACAAAGCAGACUCUCAAGAAAGAUUACAUUGAGGAGAAACAGGAAUUUAAGAUAACUGAGCAAAGUCCUGAAAUGAAAUUCUCUCUAGCAACCCAAACAAUAAAGAGUACUCAGCUCUUUGAAGAAGAGAUUAGCUCUGAUGAUGAGCUUGUCAUUGAUGUGCCAGAGUUGCCUCCACUCCCUCAAAAUCCUCUGGCCUACAGAAGUUGUGAAACAAAAGGAAGUGAUGCCAAUGCUUCAACACUCAGCUUAAUCCGUAAAGUACGGAAACCAAGAGUUGUUGAGUCCACUGGUGGCUUGGAUCUGGGAAGAUUGGACAAUUCAUUUGCUAGAAACUGCACGGCAGAAAAUAGCAAUGAGAAGGAAGCUAAUGUUGGUACUUUGCAAAGAGAAAAAUGUUGUGACUUAAAUGAAAAUAGCAAAGUAUCUAAUGUAACAGGUGAUCAGAUAGAUAUGGUUGGUAAACAUCAUGAUGUUUCAAAGCAUGGUUCCAAAGUCAAUGUAGUAGAAGGAUUAUUGAAAACCGAUCUGGUUGAAGGAAAUUUUGUUCCACUUAUGAAUGCAAAUAGACCUAAAUUGUCAAAUCAGAAAUGUAGAAGUUUAUAUGAAGCUGCAAAAUUAGAAGUGAAUGUACAAAAAUAUGAAAAUGAAGAGCAAAGUUUAAUCAAUUUGAACCGCUUGAAAAGAACAAGUGACAAAGCACCUCUGGUUGAAAGCAACGUUGCAGCAAUCAAACUUGAGCAAUAUGUGUCCUCCUCUGCAAUAGAAUGUAAUAGAGCAGAGACUACAAACAAGAGCAAAUGCAUCAGUAAGUUGGAAACUAGGCUGACUCCUGAUCAACAAAGACCAAAGAUGCAGAGCCAAGAUUAUCAUUUUGGUAAUGAAAAGCAGGUUGAAAGUCUUCAAAUGACAAGUGAUCGAGAUGAAGAGUCCUCUCUUUCUGAUGAAGAUUUGAGUUCUUCAGUUUCAGAAGAAUUGGACUUCUCUGAAUCAGAUCCAAUGGAAGAGUGCUUAAGGAUUUUUAAUGAAUCUGCAAAACAGGAAACUGGAGAGCGUAAGAUGGAUGUUGAACAGAAUACUCUUGAAAAACCUUUUGAGAAUAUUCCAGAUACUGGGGUUGCAGGAAGUGCCAGCGCAAAACAAAAGAAGAGGAUUGCGCAUGUUGCUAAAUUUAAUAAGGGAAAAUCUAGCUUUAACAAGAUAAUUAUUCCUCAAGCUGUACCACUGCCAAAACAGUCAAGUCGCAAUCGAAUAAAAAUGGUCCAGCAAGAAGCUGUGCAGUUGAUGGCAAAUGUGAAAAGUGCUCAAGUUUAUAAAGCUGCAGUUUCUAAACCUUCCGGCCAGAAGAGACUGAUCGCAAAAGGAUCAAAACCGCAAUCAGCCAGUUCUGCAAAAGCAGGCUUUGCAGUUUCCCAGAAUUCUUUCAGGAAACGUCCCAGUUCACACUCUAGCCCUAGCUGUAACGUGUCUUUAAAAGAACAGAUUGCUCAAGACCAUACUUCCAAAACCACACGUACACUUUCUCCAUUGGAAUCAGCCAGCCGUGUUCCUGCUCCACAGAGAGCUAGCUCAAAGCGAGGAGCUAAAGUGUCCAACACUGUGCGAAAACAGUAUCUUGGCUUUUUUAUUGAGGAGUUUUUGAAGACCUGUUCAUCUCGACAAGCAGCAGUUAAAAAGGCUAUGUCUGAAGAAAAAGUUAUUUUUGAACGUAGUGCAAACAAGUUCAUGUAUUUGAAUGUAGCUGUGCAUGCACUGAAGAUCUUGAAGAAUCUGGCGAAACAAGGACCAAUGUCUUCAGAUGGUUGCCAGCCCUCUAAAAGGAAGAGACUUUCAUCAGGAACAAUUCUAGAAGGUGCUGCACUUUAUAGUGCUCUCAAGAGCUAUGUCUUAACUGAAGGACAGUUGAAGGAAAAUGGAUAUCCUCGCUAUGACCCUGAAAACCCAGGAACUGCUCUACUAUUCAAUGGCGAAGCAAAUAAAUAUAUUGCUGACUCAUUAAUCCAGGUUUGCUGUCGUUGUGGGAGACGAUUCUCUGUAACACCUGAUGGGAGUUACAUCUCCAAGGAAGAAUGUAGCCACCACUGGGGUAGGACAAUAAGACGGCAAGUCUCUGGUGGAUGGGAUGCUCGAUACAGUUGCUGUGGAGGAUCCUUGGGCUCUGUUGGAUGUCAGCUUGCUAAGUUACAUGUCUACAAUCAAAAAGAGAACCUUAAUGGCUUUGUGAAGACUUCCCUUAAACUGCUCCCGCUUGAUGGGAAUCCUGGUGUUUAUGCAGUGAACUCUGAAUUGUGCUACACUAAGCAAGGAGGAGCACUUUCUCAUGUAAGUGUGAUCAGUGCCAAUCUUGAAGUGGUUUAUGAUGUGUUUGUUAAACCUGACAAUGAAGUGAUUGAUUUCAACACUAGGUUUUCUGGUGUGACUCGAGAGGACGUGAUGAAUGCAAAAACAACUCGUUCUGAUGUUCAUUCGGCAUUACUGACCAUGUUCAGUGCUGACACCAUUUUGAUUGGCCAUAGUUUGGACAAAGACUUGCUUGCACUGAAGCUUAUUCACAGCAUGGUCAUUGAUUUAUCAGUCGUGUUUCCACAUUCCUUGGGGUUACCUCACAAACGGGCCCUCAGGAAUUUAAUGGCAGAAUACCUCAGCCAUACUAUCCCAGAUAAUGUGAAGGGCUCUGAUAAAGCAUCUGCAUGCAUGGAACUCAUGAUGUGGAGAGUGAAGGAGGAUGCGAAGAGCAGGAAGUGGUGAGACUUGAUUGGAAAAACCAUAAGAAGAAUACUUCAGCCUUCCAAAUUGUGAUGUCAAAGUGGAUGAUGUACUAAGCCCAUUCAUUGCCUCAUGAAGAAGAUACUAUGUAUUCAAUGUCACGUUUAUUUGUGGUGCGAGAUGGUGAUAGGGGAGUAGUCCAGAAUACAAUAUAAGCUGGGCUCCUGGAAAUUUGUUGGUAUUUAAAACUUUGUACUAAAAGGAGGCCAAUAAAUCUCUCAUUAUGUUUGAGAUGUACUUGAUUUCCAAGGAUGAGUUUGAAUUACUUGUGCACUGACCAAUAAUCAGUGUGUACUGUAUGCUAACAAUCCCAGCAAUAUAAUUGCUGUAAUAGUGAAGCCAUUAUUGAAUGUUUAUUUAAAUGUGAGUGUUUGGACAUUGUUCAUGUAUUUUCUGAAGAUGUUUUAGUAAAUAUAGCUGCUUUGUGAUUUCCAUUUCUCUAUAGGUCAUGAGGGUCUGUGCUGAGGUAUUUUGAGUAACUCUUCAAGCUAAUAAACUUCUGUUGGUAGAUACCAAAGUACCGUUUCCCUAAAAAGAGACCAUAGGUCUCUUUCUUUGUCAAACUCUAGCAUUCUCUGGAAAAUGUCUGAAUAUGUUCAUGAUACCAAGUCUAGCAAGACUGAAGAAAAAUAAAAAAUGAAAAAUACUUUGAUUGUAAUAACCAUCCCAUGGCAUACAGAUACAUUCAUCUAGAAUAUCAGUUUGUCUACCUUUCCUACUCCUUGUCCUAUGCACUUAUAUAAACCUGAAAGUAUGGUUGUCUCUGGACACUUUUUUUGCAGAUUUGUCAGAUUGUUGAUACCAACUUAUUCAUUAUUGAUCUUCCUCCUUUUUAAAUAACACUUGACUGGAAAGGAUGGAAUCUGCUUGUAAAAUGCACUGUAAUAAUUGUUGUCUGUAGUUUAAAACAAAUUUUCUUUCUGUAAAGAACAGCAAUCUAUUAAUUAAAAUUUACUGGCUAGAUUACUGAAAGUUGAAGUGUCCUGUAAUAUAUCAUGGAUUCAAGUCUUCACUUUAAUGCAAGCAUUUAAUAUCUUGGCAGAGAGAUGAUCCAUUAAAAUUUAUUACAGCAGUUUUGUAUUUAUUUUCUAAAAUAUUUACCAGAAGCAUUUUGCCUGGUUUUGUAGCUAUU